GGUUUCUAAAUGACACUUUUUUAUUUUAUGAAUUUACAUCAAUCAUCAAUUUCCGUGUGUUCUAGUUUCUGAAAUUCUGUUUAUUUAUUAAGCAAUAGUACAUAUAUUUUUGAGCACAAUGGAUGAAAGUAGUGAUUUCGAACCUUUAGAACCCUCUUUACGGAACGUAAUAGAACAGAAAUCUUUACGAUGGAUUUUUGUUGGUGGAAAAGGCGGCGUAGGCAAAACUACGUGCAGCUGCAGCCUUGCUAUCCAGCUAUCUAAAGUACGAGAAUCGGUACUUAUAAUAUCGACAGACCCUGCUCAUAACAUUUCAGACGCGUUCGAUCAGAAAUUUUCUAAAGUACCUACGAAAGUUAAAGGGUUUGAAAAUUUAUUUGCAAUGGAAAUUGAUCCAAAUGUAGGAUUGACAGAAUUACCAGAAGAAUAUUUUGAAGGGGAGACGGAAGCUAUGAGGCUCGGUAAAGGUGUUAUGCAGGAAAUAGUUGGUGCAUUCCCUGGUAUUGAUGAAGCUAUGAGCUAUGCGGAGGUUAUGAAACUAGUGAAAGGAAUGAAUUUUAGUGCAGUAGUUUUUGACACAGCUCCCACUGGACACACUCUCCGUCUGCUAUCUUUCCCUCAGGUUGUAGAGAAGGGUCUUGGAAAAUUAAUGCGCCUCAAAUCAAAGGUGGCGCCAUUCAUUAAUCAAGUAGCAACACUCUUUGGACUGGCAGAAUUUAAUUCUGAUAUGUUCAGCAACAAAAUGGAUGAGAUGUUGUCAGUUAUAACACAAGUAAACACACAGUUCAAGGAUCCUAACCAAACAACAUUUGUAUGUGUUUGCAUUGCUGAAUUUCUCUCUCUAUAUGAAACUGAAAGACUUGUGCAAGAACUAACAAGGUGCGGAAUAGAUACACAUAACAUAAUUGUUAAUCAAUUGUUGCUACGCACUUCAGCUCCAUGUGAACUCUGUGCAGCAAGACACAAGGUACAAGAGAAAUAUUUAGAGCAAAUAGCAGAUUUGUACGAAGACUUCCAUGUGACUAAGUUGCCACUGUUGGACAGAGAAGUACGAGGAGCUGCUGCUGUUAAUGCAUUUUCAGAAUAUUUACUUAAACCAUAUGUUCCACCAACACCUACAACAACAACAACAUAAUUACAAUAUAAUUUAUAUAUUGGGUGGGGGUCUGGAUAUAGAAGCAUCCAAAGAUUUAAAUACAUAUUAUUAAGUAGGAUGACUGCGUUGAUCAAGAUCCAAAUUAUUUCAUUAUGCAGAUUAUAAAGGGUUCAAUGAAUAAUUUAGUUAACCUCUUUAUUAAUAUGUGUUUGUCUUAGUUGAUGUCAUAUAAUAUAUAUAAUUAUUAUUACAUAGAUUCACACUGUCAACUUUAUUUAUAUUAUUAUAAAAUUGGUUUGAGAAUAUUGUAAAUAAAACUGCAGCAAUUUAAUUUAAUA